CCUGUGACAAAAGCACUUUGGCCAUUUGCUCGUAGAGAACUGCACAGGAAAUAGGAAAAAGAAAAUCUAAAGCUAUCAGAAGUGUGGAGAUGACUUUGGUUAUUGUUUUAUUUCUUCUCCUGGGAUUGUGGGAGACUGAAGCUUUAUCAGUCGAAGGAAAGGUGGGAAAAGAGGUCACAAUAAAGUGCUCUCAUUCCAACGCCGGCUCCAAUGUCAAAUAUUUCUGCAAGGACCCAUGUAAAAAUGAAGACAUCCUGGUAACUAGCAAAGAGACGAAUGAGGACGAUUCAAAUGGGAAAUACAGCAUUAAAGAUGAAGGGAACACAUUCACCGUGACCAUCUCUGAUCUGACAGAAGAUGACUCAGGAGCUUACUGGUGUGGAAUAGAGAGAUUUGGUGUCGACACAUAUAAUAAAGUAGUUCUUACAGUUAAAAAGGAAGCUAUUAACAAUCGUCGAAGCACCUUCCAGCGAUCAAAUUUAGAUGAGGCUAGUCUUACAAAUUCUUCAUCCCCUGACAAGCUGGUGUAUAUCGGAGCAGGUCUCGGUGUGGUUGUGCUGGCUCUGGCUGUGGUCCUUUUGGUAUUCUUUAGAAAUCGGAAGAGAGACAUCAGCGCAAAUGGAAAGCACCUGGACACCGUCUAUGCUACACCAUCCAUUGAGAAACAAGAUGCUCUCCAUGAAACCACCAGCUACUCAGCCAAAGAGGAUCAAGAAACAGACGGCAGCAUCGUCUCCUCUCCAUCCAAUCAGCACCAUGAUGCCAACGCAGAUCACACAGACAAUAUUUACUCCAACAUCACAGUUUCGUCAGAGCCUGAGAUCCAGCCAGACGGCCUCUUUUACUCCACUGUCAGCUUUAAUGAACACGCAGACUUCAGCACUGUCCUUCCUCGUACUGCAACCGUCACAUACUCGUCCCUUAAACACACAUCAACAGAUGAAUCUACAGUUUACGACAACGUCUGAACUCAGAGCCUCGUCUGUUAGAUGCAGCUGUAAAAGCAUGUUCUGCAAAAUAUUUACCAACAGAGCCAUUUCAGUGCAGAGACUAAAUUAACGUUUUGCCGUGAAUGACUUAUUUUACAAUUCUGACUUAAUUUAUUAUUUAACUCAGUGUAGCACAGCUGACUAUGUAGAUAACAAAUUUAACAAAAGCUAUGGGUCAUGUCCAGCAGAUUUGUAUUUAAAAAUGACACUGUGCAAUAAACGUGU